AUGGACGAGAGGGUAGAAGCAGCAGUGGAUUAUAUUUCUCUGCUGCCAGAGCAUAUAUUACAUCAUAUCUUGUCUUUUCUCCCCAUCAAACAAAUUGCGAAAACCAGUGCAUUGUCAAAGACUUGGUUUCAAGCAUGGAACGCGUUCCAGAUUUUGGAAUUUGAUUUUAACGCUAUUUUUAGUGGCAAUCGAAAUCUUUACCGCUAUCCAGACUUAGAGAACAACAGACAGAAGUUGUAUGACACUGUUGAACAGAUUUUGUUAUGCCGUCGCAGGCAGAUGAUUACUCUCACCAAGUUCACGGUUAUCGUUCCUGCGGUUCACCAAAGACCAGAAGUAGUAUCCACUAUGGACAGAUGGAUUUGCCAUGCCUUGGGGAGUCAUGUAAAAGACCUAAAAAUUGCUGUUGGUCCAUCCGGCAAUGUAGAAGAGUACUCGUACAGCUUGCCUCAACCUGUUUUUAAUGCAAUUUCAAUACAGGUCUUAGACUUGAAAAAGUGCAAGUUGAAGCUGCACCCUGGCGGAGAUAUAAAAUUACCUUUCUUGAAAAAACUGUCUCUUACUACUGUUUUUGCAGAUGAUAUCGUAGUCACCAAACUUUUGGCUGGCUGUCCUCUGAUUGAAGACUUAAAUUUCAUUUGGUGCUUUGGUUUCAAGACUCUACAAAUACUUGAUCAUCAUGCUAAUCUCUUAAAACUCCGCGUGGAACGGCUUGAACAUCUUGAACAAAUUAAGUUGGAAGCACAUAAUCUCCGUUCAUUGGAACUGCAUGGUCCAUCUUGGCCUUCUAGAUUGGAGGUGGUCUCCUUGAAAAAUUUGACGAGCUUAAUAAUAUCUAAAGCUCCUAUUACUGAUAAGUGGCUGAAUGAGCAAUUGAAUAAAUUUGCUCACCUGGAAAACCUGAAUUUGUAUAGUUGCCCUAUGUUGACGAGUAUUAAGAUUUGGAGUUCCCAUAUUCAUACACUUCACAUAAGUUCUUGCAAAGAGCUAGCAAGAAUUGAGAUUGAUACGCCUAAUUUAAGCAGCUUUUCAUACUCUGGCGAUAUAAUUUCAUUUUCUUCAAAUGAUUUGAUCCUAUCCAAGGUUAUGUUGUGUUUAGAAUCUAAAAUUAUGGAUGUUUCUUGGUACAUUAGAUGGAUUGAAUUUCUCGAUAAGUUCAACCAACAUUGCAAGAUUUUAGUUCACCAUGGGCUUUAG